GGACAUGAAAACUAAAUUUAGCUACAGGAUGUCUGCUGCUCAGGCUUUCCCACCACACAUGAUAUCCCAGCAUCCUUUGCGCCGUUGACGAGCAAGGACGUGUUUCCGGAGAGCACCGAGGACACAUCGAGAAACGUCCCAAGUAUCGUUCAGACGGCUGACUGAAGCUCAGAAAGAUGGCUGAGAAUAUCGAGGAGAAGAUCAAAGGCUACAGGACUGCUCCCUUUGACGCCAGGUUCCCCAACACCAACCAGACCCGCAACUGUUUCCAGAACUACCUGGACUUUCAUAGGUGCAACAAGGCCCUGUCAGCCAAAGACCAGGAUGUGGCUCCCUGUGAUUGGUACCAGAGGGUUUACAAGAGUCUCUGUCCCAUGAGCUGGGUCGGCAAAUGGGACGAGCAGAUAGAGAAUGGAAGUUUCCCAGGGAAGAUCUGAAAUCAUCAGGACAGUCCACUGCAAGACAUUCUGUUACUCGUACCUUUACUUCUGUAGAGUCCCUGAGGGCAUCUUCAAACAGCUUUCACAUUGUCAUCAACAUUGAUGUCAUUAACCUUAUUAACUUAAACACGCACAACUUUUUACCCUUAAUGUUAAGGUCUGAAGUUUUGUUUCCUGACUCUAUUGUGAACUACUCUACAACAGUGCAGAUUUAAUUAAAAUGUUGUUCACAAUAA